AUGCAUGAUAUAUGUAUCGUCGGACUAGGAGCAAUCGGCGCGUUCUAUGCUUUGGCACUGGAGCGCUCGGGAGAAGCUCGUGUGACUGCCGUUUGCAGGUCGAACUUCUCCGUUGUAUCGCAAUAUGGAUUGGAAGUAGUCUCCGAUCGUCUCGGAACUUGUCACUGGAAGCCUCAUCGGGUUUGUGCAAACCCGGCCGAGGCUGCAGAUCGCGACUACAGAUUCAUUAUCUGCGUAACUAAAGCACUCCCCGACGUGACCAGGACGUCGAAGUUACUCGCCCCACUCCUCACGUCCACGACGACCUUCGUUCUCAUACAGAACGGUGUCGACAUCCAUCUGGAUAUGCAAGAAGCUUGCCCUGGCGCAGAUAUCAUCUCAUCCUGCUCGUGGAGCGAUGCCACAGCGGUUGACGGUGGUCGUAAGGUCGUUCAAACAGGACCGGAUGGCCUCACCUCAGGCCUUCACGUCAAGGACAUUGAGAAUCCCAGCACCGCGGGGCAAUACUCGCUUGAGCUCCUUCACUCCCUCCUCGUCAAGGGUGGCGUGGGCAGUGAGAUAACGAAUAACAUCGUCGCUGCUCGGUGGAAGAAAGUACUUUGGAACGCUGCUAUCUCUACGGUAUGCACGGUGACACGUAGCCCCGUAGCAUCUAUACUCUCUGCCGAGAUGCUGCCAUCUAUGCUACCUGUCCUUCAAGACCUGAUGAAAGAGGUCAUAGCCGUGGCCCGCGCAGAAGGUGUCACUGUCGGAGACCUUUCAGAUGAUGCGCCUGAAGCAGUACUGAAGAACUGUCUUCAGCAGUAUAGCGACACGUGUAACUCGAACCCGAGCCUAUUCAAGCCAUCCAUGCUCGUUGAUCUUGAGGCAGGCCGCCCAAUGGAAGUGGAGCCCAUCGUCGGUAGCGUGGUUCGCGCUGGACGCAGACACGAAGUGCGAACGCCAAAAUUGGAUGUUUUGUAUGCGCAAUUGAGAGUCCUACAGUGGGGUUUGUUGAAAGGGCGCCGAUGA